GCGUUCGUUGGCUGCUGGUCUUUUCUUCAUCUGCUUUUGUGCGUGUUUCUGGUGGUGGAAGAAAAAGAGUGUGUCUACGGUGCUAGCAGCAAGGCUGAUGGGAAAGGCUAAAACUUUCACAGUUGUUCUGAAAAUAGCCAGGAAGUGAAUUUAGAUUGUGGAAAAGUUGUGCAUCUAUGGAAUCCAUUGUGCAGUGCGUUUUCCGAGUGGGUUAGUGAAAAUGGUGUGAUGUUUUUUGCAAACGUUUAGCCAUCGACUAAAACAGCAGCAUCCAAAAGCACGACGACAGAAGCAGAAGAAGCAGCAUAACCUUCCGCCUGUCAAAAGGAGGAGUGGAGAAGAUAUUUUCGGAAGGCACCGAUGCAAAGGAGGAGGAAAGGUGCAAAGGAUGAGUGCCGAGGAGUUUAUUUAUAGCGUGAUCAACACUGAUAACGUAGCCCAGCUGGAUCUGAACGUAAUCGCCAACACGCUGGCCAGCGCAGACUCGUUGAUCCGCCAGAUCAAGGCCCAGCAGGUGGAGAACGAAGGCCUGAAAGAGAAGAUUACCUCGCUGCGAAGUUCCGCCCUGCAGAUCAAGCAGCUGUAUGAAGCGGAACUGGGGAAGAAUCAGGGCAUUGUGGAUAGGGAAGAAGAUUAUGUAAGGCAGAUAAAGGAACUGGAAGCACGGGCCGCGGCAGCGGAGAAUGCCAAAAUCAAUGCCGAACUGCAGGAUAAGGAGAUCGUGGCGGAUUUGGAGAAAAAGGUUGAACACUGGCGUAGCAAAUGCGAUGGUUUGUCAUUGGACAUGGUGAAAAAUUGUAGCCUGUUGGCAGACAAUGGCUUGCUUUCAGCGGAUCAGCAGGUUAAAUAUCGAGAAUGGAAGUGGCAUGUGCAAACCAUGGCCCAAGAUGGUAAGGAAGUUCCAGAGGAUGUUAUGGUUUGUGUGAAUAAGAAACGUCCAUCGCGAAAGAAACGUAAAUCCGAAGUAGAUUAUCGAGACCAAGCUACCAUGACUUCAGGGCCAUCGUAUAGUUCCAUUGGUAUCAAUGCAGUAGAAGAAAAGCCUGUAUCAACCACGUCUUCAACGUGCACCGAGAAUUUGGAAGCACACGCACCGAAAUACUCAAUCACUGAUGAUAUCUUCCCAGAGGAUGAAUCGAAAAAAGAAACUCCUCCGCAGAAAACGUUCGCCGAUAAGAGCACUAUGUAUUCAAGUGCCACGGUUACGCGUUCCACCUGCACGUCUGCCUUUAUCAAACGAGUUGACGUUGGGGUAAAUUUUCCCGAGGUAGUGUCCAAAUCGAUAAGCGAAAUUCUGCGCGAAUGUGUUAUCGAACUUCCAUCCUUAUUAACUCCCAUUUUGGAUGAGAUUCCUGUCCACAAAGAAUCAGCAUCCACUCAGACGGAUCCCCCCGAUCCAAGCGAACUGACAGAACUUUCAAAACCCGCUGUUGUGACCGUCGGGACCAAUACCAAUCUGCGCAACAUUCGCCGUAAAGUGGACUACGUAAGAAAGGCGGACGGCUCGUUAGUUAACAAUUUGCUCUCUUUUAUCAAAAAAGAGGAGAACACAUCACCGGUCGGUUCCUUGCACAACCUGCCGGCUGCCGUGUUCCAGAGCGAGUCCGCUGAUAUGAGCGGUGGCGGCGUUAAUCCUCAGUUGACGCAUAUCUGGGGUUUGUUGGGUGAAACCAUGUUCCGGCUGCUGGGUACCGGCCGAAUGUACGACAGCCAGUGCUACAGCAUCAUCAACGAAAGGAUAGCAAUGAUCAACAACCUGAUCGACUCGGAAAGCAGUCGCGGAACGGCCAUGCUAGGUGAAGUGUUUGCGGCGGCGGCAGCUUCUGCAUCAGUGGUUUCUGACCGUACGGAAGAGGCGACCGCGAAGAAGAGUGGGGAGCAGAAGGGUACGGUUGAUCGAGAACCACCAGUUAGUCGGGGGAAGUGCAUGGAAGAGUACGAGGAAGAAGCCGUUGGAAUACUUGAAGAGGAGGAAAUGGAGCCGAACGAUGAAGAAUCCAACGUAUUGUGGGAUGAUCGAGCUUCCAAGUCAGACGAGGAGGUCGAGCCAAAUGAUGAGGAAGUCCGGGAUGAACAAACGCAAACGGGAGAGUUACUGUCCGAAAAUCAAGUCUGUGAUUCUGACGUUGAGCGACCGGAAAUAUCGUUGGCGAAUGAUGCUAAUGAUGUACCUUCCGUAACCACAUUAACUGUAGCACACUGCAUCCAAACCAAAGAAAACCUCGCGAGUCCUUCUUCCCCAGGUGUCCAUAACGCACCACUAGUGCCAGACAAAUCGAAGACCUCCAUCGAAGCAUCUGCAUUGCAUACUGAUGAAUCGAAUGACUUCUGCUCCCUUAUGCAACCAACCGAAUGCGACGACGGUAGCAUAGAAAAUAAUCCCGAAACAUGCGUAAAUGAUGAACUGCAGCAACAGCAGCCCGAUGAAGAAUCGGACGAAAUUGCAAACGAGCUACGCCAGAUGGAGGAAGACGUUCCCUGUAAGCCGCUGGAUCGGCUUCAACCCUGUCUUAUUCGAGUGCGACCAUUGGAACAGGUUGAAACAAAACGUUACCUAAAUGUGGUUUGCGAAGACGAGUCUGCACACACUACGGAUGACGAAGGUGAUAAUCGCAUGACAAUCGUAGAAACAUCACCCACUCGAUCAACCGCCAGUUCCAGUUGUACUUCGAUCGGAAGUAACGGGACGUUAAUUUCGCCUAUCAAAGUCAAAGAGACAAACGAAUUGGUGAAGGACCAGUUCAAAACGCCCACCAGUCCCGCUAUCAGCAAGCGCAAACUGAGGGAACGUCUUGAAGGCGGACCGUCGAAGCGGGGACGUCUGUCCCCGACGACGGAGUCGUUGCUGGAAGACGACUGGGAUCAUAAGUUCUCGCACAUUAAGAAUUAUUUUACGUUGCCAUCGAGUGUGAAUCCUAUUUUGGAAGGUAGUGGCAAAAACCGAGUGGCGCAGGAGUAUUCCGAGUUGGACGACUUAUGGAACUUCGGAGACGACGAUAGCGACAAUGAGGAAGGAGAUUUUGUUGUGCCUAAUAAUCAACUGCUACAGCCACUGCGGCUUGAAACAAGCUCAGAGACUGGCGUUGCGAUCAGUGAUUCACCGGAAUCACCUACAGAAGAACUGCCACCAACCUGCAAUACCAGUUGGAAUGACUUCAAACGGCCUCUUAGCAUUGACAUUGGAGAACAUCUUACUCCUGGUCCCACGAUUAGCAAUACACCAGCUUCACCUGAUCCCUCCGUAUUUUCAAACGAUUCUCCUAUGUCGCCAGUCGCUGACGGACUGGCAGAAAUUGACAGCAUUCGGAGCUUUAGUCAGGACGAGUCCCCGCUUUCUCCAUCGCUCGAAAGUCGAGUAUCCAUGUACUCUGAAGCAAAAGAACCGCGGUUAAUUCCACUGGAAAACCCUCUAGUGAAUCGAAUAUUAACGGAAGCGUCUAACAAUCCGAUCGGAAAGGCUAUUGGCUGCUAUAGCACGCAAAGACGUGCUGAAGUGCUUCAGAAAUUAUCUUCGGAACCAUCGCAGCUACAGAAGGAACGGAUGCGACCACUGACCAAAGUUAUCAAGGCGUACUUGAAAGGUGAAUGGACGGUAAAGAAUCUGGACAUUCAUUGCGAGCAAUUACUCAAUAUUUCGAGAGAUUCGAAGACGAUAUCGCAAGUGAUCGUGGAUUGUGUUGCUUUCUAUAAGGGAAACUUGGAAGUUGACGUUCAGUGUUCUCCCCCGGCACCGCCUUUGCCCAGGGUUACCCAACAGUUGGUACUUCUGGCAAAAACGCUCAACGAAACGUUAUUCAUCCUGGAUCGGGCAAUCGUACAGGAAGUCGAUCGCCGAGUUUUCAAUUUAAAGUCUGAAAAAUCCGAUAUGGAAGCAGUCACCGCAAUGACUUACCUCUACAUAGGAGUAGCUGACUGUAACCGACUCUAUGGUUGCACAGCCAGGAUGUACAUCUACAAAUGCUUGUAUUACUUCAAAUUCAAAGGACUACCUCUGAUCUAUUACGUACUGAAAGCCUUCCCGCAUGCCCUACCGAAGAAGGCGAGUGCCUAUUACGACAAUUCCGAUGCGAUGGUUAGCACCAUUCGAACUGUUCUCAUGAAUACCAAUUUCAUGGACAACUCAAGGCUCAUUCCAGACGUGGCUCUGUACAAGAAGAGUGAACUGCAGAAACUACUUAAAUAUUUCUACGGCUACCAAACGGGUUCUCCCACGUACGAGGAACUCAUAACUAACCUCAUCGAGAAAAUAAAAGCCAACAAGCUCAAAAACGUUGACUACUGCCUGAUACUGGUUGCCAAACGCCAAGGCUACGACUGGGCCAAGGUGCAUAUCGUUCACAAGCAUCUCUACCCGUUGCUAAACGACUACCUCAAGCAGAUCGAGUCCGACCAGGGCGCCCACGACGAUCAGCUCCGGUGUCUGAUUUUCGCCAUCUCGGCCAUCCUGAAAACGCAACCCAACUAUCAGGACAUAACGGGUGUGAUGCAAAUAUUCGGCAGCAUAGUGCAGCGCACGGAUGGCCACCAAAGGGUGCAGGAGGCGGCCGUUGCCGGACUGAUGCGCUUCAGCCGGUUCGACUACGCCGAUAUAUACGAAUGGUUGUGCAAGUGGUGCCCCAAGUACGCGAUUAGUGGCCGGAUAAAGCUGAUGCUGGCGACGUUUGUUCACCGGAAGGAAGGAAGUUUCUGGAAGCAUCUCAGCCAGCGGAAGUACGUGUAGUCGUCUGUCUGUGAUCUGGUGGAAAUUGUAUAAACGAAAUGGUUAUUUAUUUUUGAAGGUCCAAACCUUCUCGCUUUGUAGUAAGCUUAAUUUUCCAUUCUAGAAGUAAGUAUGGAACAAACAUAAGUUAGGAAAAAUCGUGAGAUUCUCUAUUUUUCGGGAAUGCUUGGAAGAAAUCGUACGAGUUUUGGAUACUUUGCCUUGAAUUGUAGAUACUUGCAAAGUAGUCAGAGAUCUGUAAAUAAAGAGAACUGAAAAUUUGAAA